GUUGCGGAAGCAGCAAAAAAACAUGUCCGGGCGUAGCACCACUCCGGGUCACGGAUUCCGCGUCGCCGCCUCCACCCCUGGAAAGCAAAUUUCUAGGGUUCCCUUCUCCUCUGACGGGAAGCAAAAAUCUACGGGGGAUCAGGACUUCAGGAGCUUGUCCUCCGCCUCCUCCGGCGCCACCUCGCCAGCCUGAUUUGAGUAGUAGUCCAUGUCUUCAAGGGCAAGAGGACGUGCACGUCGUGGCCGGGGCCGGGGCAGAUGUUCUGUGGCAGAAAAUGAAAUGGAUCAUCAUGAAACAUCUGCACCUUCUACGCCGAGUACCACUUCUGAUAGAGAGGACAAUGUUGGGUUUACUCCCGAACAAGUCCAUGUGGCUUGCUAUGCAGGACCUCCGGAACCUUCAUCCAGUACACUGCUCAAUCCUAAGAUUAACCACCGUUCAGAUGCAAUUUUUGGCGAUCAGGCCCUGGAGCAGUUGAAGUUGCGUCACCACAAACCCUUAAAAUUUCAUGAGAGGUAUCGUCCUUAUUUGAGGGAUGCUGGAUUGCUUGGGCUCUCACAAAUAUGCCAGAGAAUGCCUCAAUUGGACAAAGCCUUGAUUACUGCUCUUGUUGAGCGUUGGAGACCAGAGACCCACAGCUUUCACUUGGCUUCUGGGGAGAUGACAGUCACACUUCAAGAUGUUGCAAUGUUGUUUGCUCUUCCUAUUGAUGGCCGUCCGGUUUGUUCCAGUACGGAUCAUGAUUAUGGGCAAAUGGUCCUUGAUUGUCUAGGUCAUGACCCAAGAGGUCAAUCAAUGCCUGGAAAAUCCUUCUUGCAUUAUAAAUGGCUGAAGAAGCACUUCUAUGAGUUACCAGAAGGGGUGGAUGAUCAUACAGUACAGAGGCAUGUUCGAGCAUACAUCCUGAGCCUUUUAUGUGGGGUGCUCUUUCCAGACGGGACAGGAAGGAUGAGUUUGAUAUAUCUUCCAUUGAUUGCUGAUCUUUCUCUUGUUGGAACAUACAGCUGGGGCUCCGCAGCCCUCGCAUUCCUCUACCGAGCUCUUUGCUCUGCCGCCUCCUCCCACAACAUGAAGAAUAUAGGUGGUUCAUUGCUUCUCUUGCAGCUUUGGAGUUGGGAGCACUCUCAUGUUGGCAGGCCAUUGGCUCGGUCUUCCUCACUCGUGGAGACAGACAUCCCACAGGACUCGCCCCCAAUCGGCUUCCGUUGGGUGGGUGCUCGUGCACAAAGUGAGAAUGCUACUCGCUGUCUCAAGCAGUACAGGGAUGAGCUAAAUCUUCAGCGAGCAGAUCAGUUGAAAUGGGAACCAUACAUGCUCAUUGAGUCCUCAAGCUUACCACCACUUUGUACAAAAGAUGCUGACCUGUGGAUUACUCAAGCACCACUAAUAAAUUUUCCUAUUGUUGAGAUGUAUCUGCCUGAGCGAGUAAUGCGGCAAUUUGGGCUUCGGCAAUGCAUUCCACCACCUUUUCGGCCUACCCUACAGACAUUACAUCGUAUUAGUCGACGUGGUAGGGAGCGUGAAAAUUGGGAAGAGACGCAUCAUGAGUAUAUUCAGGAAUGGGAAGCACGGCGACAACGCAUAUUUCGGGAGGCUGAGCAAUAUGAUUUGUCAUCUUAUGAUGAGUAUCUGCAGUGGUACUCUGGAGCUACACGGCGGUAUCUUGUGCCAUCAACCGGUGAUGAUGCUGAAGCAGGACUUUUAUCCCCACCCGAUGAUUCCUCUGAUCUUCAGUACAAAGCCAAAUCUCCUAUGAUCCGCAAAGCGGUUGAUAAGCUGCAUGGUAUGAUGAAGAAGGCCAAGACAGCCAUGGCAUCCGCAGCUGAUACGGCCACACAAGCCUUAGUUUUUGAAUUUCUGCAUGGCUUUGAAGAUGUCCUCAGUGAUCUUGGUGAGAUCAAGGAAAGCGGUGGCCCAGCGGCUCCGCCUUUUGAUUCAGCUACUGGCUCAGCUGCUGCCCAUCACGAGCCUUUGCUUUUGCUUGAAGCUGACCAGAACAUCAUAUGUGACAAUCAAGAGGGUCAAUAUCAGGAAGAUGAGGACCUUCACACAAUGGAGCAGGCUACGUUGGGCCUCGAACCUAUGGACGAGGUAAACCACUGUGUCGACAGUUUACUACUGGAAGUGCACGAAAACUGUGACUCAGCUUCAUUAGCGAUUGAGAACUGUGAGGCAGCAGACUUUGCUAUUCCACAGCACACCGAGGAUGUUGAUCAAGCUGGACACCCUGCCGAAAUGGAAAAUGGUGUACAGGUGGUCGAACCCAUGUCCACGUGUGAGGAAAAUAAUGGCUUCGAUGUUGCGCCCUCUCCACAAGAGAGCGCCGAUGUCAAACUGGAAGGUGACGAUGUCGCGACUGCAGAACACGAGGACGUGGAGGAGGAAAACAAUAACGGUUGUAACGGUGCUCCUUCCUCGCACCCGUAGUUCAUCUGUCUCAAAGUCAGAGGAGAGACAUGACGCCAAUUCCAGCUUUGUAUGUCACAUAUGUAGGGAUUAGAUUGUAGCUGAUGCUGCCUUUCGGAGUUUGCCGUGAUUGGCAUUUCAUUUUUGCUGACAUUAUUCAGUUUGUUAUGCAGCCUGACAUAUAGCCUAUUGAUGUUGGCUAAGUGAUUCAAUCCAUUAUUUGUUUAUUA